AUGGCUGGGACACCAGCGGUGGACAUAUUUGCCGACCAUCGUUUCAGUUCCCUCCAGAACUUCGCGCAAGGACACAGUUUCUGGACGCAAGACCCGGCAUCGCACGUGCGGAUAUGGUGGCCCAGUGCGGAGCAUUACUUUCAAGCAGGGAAGUUUGCGGAGCCCGAAUUGCAGGAGCAGGUUCGUAGAGCCCUGGAGCCAGGAGUGGCCAAGCAUCUGGGUCGCACCUUGAGCCCUCUGCGGCCUGACUGGGAUGAGAUUAAGGCCGUGCGCUUGCGCCGGGCCUUGCUGGAGAAGUUUUGGGCGCAUUCCGAGCUCCGCAACUUGCUCCUGAGCAUACCAAAGGGAACGCGCAUAGUCUACGGCAACCCGGCCGACCCAUACUUCGGCGUCGGCCCAGAUGGAGGUGGCUUGAAUGUCAUGGGCACCGAGCUCCAGCUCCUGCGGGAGUUCUACGAGAGGCAUCCUCGCAGACGAGAGGUGCUUGUGACCGUCGCGGACAUCGGUGAACCUUUCGAGCCCCAGUCAGUCUAUGUGGAUCUGACCGGAGUUUGUCCCACUCAGGUUACCGGGCUGAUAUCGGAAGUCCUGGGUGUGCAUGAGGGAUCGAUUGUGGAUGUCACCUUCGUUUACGAUGACGGCUUUGAGCGCUUGGACCUUGCCGCCAUACAGUCCGACGCCGACUUGCAGACAUUCCUGGCGAGCAACGCCGACGACUGCAAGGUGGAAGGUUCACUUGCAAGGAUGGGUAUUGUGACUUUAUGGAAUGCCACCGAUGAUAGCUACUUGGCACGUGCGGAAGUUCACAGCCUGACUUGUACGACAUCGGCACUCAAGCAUCGUUUGGAGAGUCUGCUCCCAAUUCUUCAACACUCAGACUUCUGCCCCGGUUUCAGCUUCAGCGUGGACGGGGGAGACGCGCAGCCCUUGGAUGACGCAGCGAUGCCACGCAUAUGCCAGCAGGCCCAAGCUGGGGCCGACGUGCUGAUCUGCGGCCGCUACGAGCUCCCGGCGAAGCCGGUGCUCUGCCCGGCUCCGCAGGCGGAUCCUCCGACGGUUCUCCCGGGAGUGCACACGGAUCUCACAGCUGCAGAGCUGUCGGACAAGGUGAAGGGCCUCCUGUGGGGAUGCGCCCUGGGCGAUGCCGUGGGCCUGAGCACGGAGUUCAUGGACAAGGCUGAGGCCGCGAGGAUGUACCCUGGUCAGCUUAGCCCGGCCUCCAGAGUUGAAGACAAGCAUCGGAAGCGAUGGGUCCAGGGCGACUGGACGGAUGACACGGACCAGAUGGUCUUGCUCUUGGAUGCCAUCGUGGCGGGGAACGGCGUCUUGCGCGAGGAGGAUUUGGCCAAAGGCCUCAAGUCCUGGCUGCGCUCGGGCUUUCCAGAGUUGGGGGACACUUCCGGCCUCGGGAUUGGGCAAACGGUGAAAUCUGUGCUGGAGCAUACUGCCUUUGAUGUGGCUCCCAGCGUGGCUGCGGAUGUGGUGUGGCGUGAGAGUGGUUGCACACUUGCCGCGAACGGCGCGAUCAUGAGAUGUGCUGCUGCUGCCCUGGGUUGCUUCUGGGAUGAGAAGGUCGUACGCCACAAUGCCAUCGUCUCCGCCUCAAUCACGCAUGCCGACCCGAGGUGCCUGGCCAGCUGUGCUUGCGUUGCGCUGUUGCUGGCACAACUCCUCGCUGGACACAGCACCUCGACCGCCGAAAAGCGCCGCGAGCUGGCCCUGUCCGUGGCGCUGCAAGCGGCCGAGCACCUGAAGGGAGGCGAUGCAGACUCCAACGCUGCUGUGGCGGGCGCUGUGCUUGGAGCCCGCUUGGGCUACGGAAGUUUGCCGCAGGAUUGGUUGGAGGAGCUCCCUGCCACCCAGGUAGCAUGGUUCAGCGCAAAGAUCGCUUCAUGCCUGGCGAUGUUGGGGUUGAGCUAA